GCCCCGGUCUCCGGAACUUUGCAGUCCAUCGCUGGACUGCAGCCUCUGCUCACGUUACUAUCAGCAUACCGAGGUAUAAGUUCUAAUCCUUUGUUCGUCUUCGGCCGAGCUGCCUUCCUGGGGAUGUCGUCUAAGAAUAACCCCUCGUCGUGCCGCGUCGCAUACCCCCUCUGCCCCACAGAUGCUGAGCAACUCGUCUACUACCUGAACAACCACAAUGGUGGCUUCUUCAGAUUCUUCAACGCACCACAAAACAAUCAACAAAAUAUCAAUCAAUUCUACAACCAAUUGUCUCAGAAUUACAACAACCAACAAAACCAGUUUCCUCAAAAUUUUAUAAACAAUAACUUCCCAUAUCAAUAUAACCAACAAAAUCAAAUAAAUGGCUAUCCAGUACAAAAAUACGGCAACAAUUAUCCUUAUAAUAAAAAUAAUGAUGGUUUAAAUAAAAUACGAUUCAAGAAUUUAGAAGAGAACACAAUAGAAGAGCGAAUUCAAAAUAGACCUGGCAAAUAUUUGGAUGACUUUGAAGAUAAUUUGUCCUUUGAAAACAUAGAUAAUACAAAAUGGUCUUUUCCAGAUGAUAUUAAUACUAAAGUAAGAGUUGGUAAAGGUUUGAAAUUUCCAGAUGAAUCAUACUUCGAUAAGGAUAUAAGAGAAGUUAACAGAGAAGAAAGCAAAAGAGAUCCAAGAGGAUUUAAGUUCCCUGAUACUAGAAACAUUGAAUACAUUAACAAGUAUCAAGAAUUGGACUCUAACUAUAAUUAUAACAGUUUCAAUAAUUUAAACUCAGAUAUUUACAAAGGAUAUAGCAAUAACUAUAAUGAACAUAAAGAGGACCAAUCUGUUAGAACGGUUUAUGUAGUGAGAGGUAAUGGCGACCCUAACCAUCCGGAAAUUAUUAAAUUGAGGCCAGGACAAACAAUAUACUAAGUACUGUACUAUACUAAAUAAUAGAGCAGUUAAUAUUUAGACACGUAGAUUGACGCUAAUUCAAACAUCGUGAAAUGUCCCGAUACAUUUGUUCCAGUUGCGAAUUAAAUUGUUUUCAACUUUCAAGAAACUCUGUAGUACAUUUUAAUAGUGUAUAGAAGGAAAAGGGACGUUACUUACAAGUACGAUGCAAUCCAAUUUUUUUCCUAAUUGAAUAAACAGCACUGAUAUUUCUGUAGUCUGUAUAUAAUGAUUCGUUUAAAAGUACUCGUAUGCAGUUCUACAAGACACCGUAUAAUAAAAGCUAAUUAUAUAAAUUGUUGCAAUUUGUUUCCUCGUGCUAUCGUUUCUUAUUAACGCUGUCAUUUACGUCGCAAAUGAUGUUUCUCUGUUGGCCUUAAUUUUAUUUCAACACCUGUGGGAGUCCACCCUUUUAACGAAUUGAAUUCUUUUAUACUUUACGACAUUUUAUGUACAGUCGGGGAAUUAAGCAGUGUUCAACAAUACAAGCCACAUUCGCUUGAAGAAAUGAAACAAUAGUAAGAAGGAGCGGAGUUUGUCUCAUUGCAAAGAAUAUGUCAAUGUCUCCGUAAGUGGGACACUGCGUACUUCCCCAACUGUACUAUAGCGUUGACUUCUGUGCUUAUAAAAAUGUUGUUAUCUGGAAUUAUUUGUAGUAAUAGAAGAAGUUCAUAUAUUAAAUAUAAUGUUUGUAUAAGUAAGUUGUCCAGUAAGAACUUGCGAACACCUAAAACGAAUUUAUCGCACAAUCGUUUAGUCUCGGUUUGAUUACUAUGAAAUUAUAUAGAGGUGCGCACACUACUCGAUUAGUUGUGCAACUAAACAGUUGA